AUGCGCGCAUGGCUCGUGACGAUCCCCUGCUGCAGCUGCUCGUGGAGACCUUCGGUCCAGGAAGACCUGAACCGGCUUCUCGCUCGAGGAUGCGGAGCCCCUGCGCGGCACGGCACUCGGCACGCCUCUGGUGCAUCUUGGCUUUGGCGCGGCGUAGAAAAGCAACAUGUCCGACGGCGAGCGGCAGGGUUCGUGACGGUGGUGCUCAAAGCUGCUAAGCUGCGCGAGGAGGCCCAGACCAGCCACGAAGGCUCGGACGGCUCGCUGCAACGGGCGAUUGUUGAGGCCGAGAACGAGGUGGAGAUGCUCGCUUUCUUGCUAGAAGAGGCGGACUCUUCUGAAGCAGAAGUUCUUCUUGAAAUGGAGGCACAGUUGCAAGAGCCCAAAGCACCCCUGGUGGCAGCACACCUCCGUGCGCAGAUCGCAGAGCUUCAGGGCAGGAAGCAGCGGUCCCUGAGCCCACCGGAUCGUGCGGGUCACGGCGACGGAGACGGUGAGGUCUCAGCAUCGUAG